AUGUCUCGCCAGUCGAGUGUGUCCUUCCGGAGCGGGGGCAACCGUAGCUUCAGCACCGCCUCUGCCAUCACCCCGUCUGUCUCCCGCACCAGUUUCACCUCCGUGUCCCGGUCCGGGGGUGGGGGUGGAGGUGGCGGCUUUGGCAGGGUCAGCCUUGGGGGUGCUUACGGCACGGGCGGCUAUGGCAGCCGGAGCCUCUACAACCUGGGGGGCUCCAAGAGGAUCUCCAUCAGCAAUAGCGGUGGUGGCUUCAGGAACCGAGGUUGUGCCACCGGUGCCGGAGGCGGCUAUGGCUUUGGAGGUGGAGCUGGGUGUGGAUUUGGUUUUGGCAGUGGAGCUGUUGGUGGCUUUGGGCUCAGUGGUGGAGCUGGCUUUGGUGGGGGAUAUGGGGGCUCUGGCUUCUCCGUCUGCCCCCCUGGAGGCAUCCAAGAGGUCACCAUCAACCAGAGUCUCCUGACUCCCCUCAACCUGCAAAUCGACCCCAACAUCCAGCGGGUCAGGACCGAGGAGCGAGAGCAGAUCAAGACCCUCAACAACAGGUUCGCCUCCUUCAUCGACAAGGUGCGGUUCCUGGAGCAGCAGAACAAGGUCCUGGAAACCAAGUGGGCUCUGCUGCAGGAGCAGAGCACCAAGACCGUGAGGCAGAACCUGGAGCCUUUGUUUGAGCAGUACACCAACAAUCUCAGGAGACAGCUGGAUGGUAUCCUGGGGGAGAGAGGCCGCCUGGACUCAGAGCUGAGAAACAUGCAGGACUUGGUGGAAGACUUCAAGAACAAGUAUGAAGAUGAAAUCAACAAGCGUACCACCGCCGAGAAUGAGUUUGUGAUGCUGAAGAAGGAUGUGGAUGCCGCCUACAUGAACAAGGUGGAACUAGAGGCCAAGGUCGAGGCACUGAUGGACGAGAUCAACUUCUUGAAGAUGUUCUUUGAGGCAGAGCUGUCCCAGAUACAGACGCACAUCUCAGACACGUCUGUGGUCCUGUCCAUGGACAACAACCGCUGCCUGGACCUGGACAGCAUCAUCGCCGAGGUCAAGGCCCAGUACGAGGAGAUCGCCAACCGCAGCCGCACAGAAGCCGAGUCCUGGUACCAGACCAAGUACGAGGAGCUGCAGCUGACUGCGGGCCGGCAUGGCGACGAUCUCCGCAACACCAAGCAAGAGAUCUCCGAGAUGAACAGGAUGAUCCAGAGGAUGAGAUCCGAUAUUGACAACGUCAAGAAGCAGUGUUCCAACCUGCAGAACGCCGUCGCCGAUGCAGAGCAGCGUGGGGAGCUGGCCCUCAAGGACGCCAGGAACAAGCUGUCCGGGCUGGAGGACGCCCUGCAGAAGGCCAAGCAGGACAUGGCACGGCUACUGAAGGACUACCAGGAGCUCAUGAACACCAAGCUGGCCCUGGACGUGGAGAUCGCCACCUACAGGAAGCUGCUGGAGGGCGAGGAGUGCAGACUGAGUGAAGGAAUUGGACCAGUCAACAUCUCUUUUGUCACGAACACCGUCUCCUCUGCCUACGGCGGUGGCGGCAGCUUUGGCAGCGGCCUUGGCGGUGGUCUUGGCGGCGGCCUUGGCGGAGGCAGCAGCGGCUUCUACUCCAGCAGCAGCGGGGGCGCCAGCCUAGGCAGUGGGCUCGGUGCGGGGGGCUCCAGCUUCAGUGCGGGCAGUGGCCGAAGCCUGGGCUUUGGCAGUGGCGGGGGCAGCAGCUCCAAUGUCAAGUUUGUCUCCACCACCUCCUCCUCCCGGAAGAGCUUCAAGAGCUAA